AUGGGCGAUACCUUCUUCCUAGACUGGGCGUUAUGGCAGAAGUUGACCUUGAUCUUAGCCGGGGGAAUAGUAAGCUACAACUCAUUCGAGCAGCCAGGGAUCCCACUGACUAGCCAGGCCCUUACUCUCAGCAUCGGAUUCUGGAAGCUCUGGUACGACACGAAAAGGCUGCGGGCAUAUGCAGAAAUCGCAGACAAGAACGCCAUAACGACUAGGAACGUCGAAGCACAGUACGACACAAUUGUCAAUGAGAAGGGUGAUGAGGUUCCGUUUGGACUCCGUGCCUUGGAGCAUGGGCUUGAAGCUGUUGGUGUAUGGAACUCGGUUUCCGCGACUCCAGUCUCUGGAAGUCCUCGUAGCUCUUGCUCGGGUUCGCUUUCUCUGUCCAAGACAAAUUCUUCUUCAGGAGUCGACAUGUCCACUUUGGGUCUUCCUGGGCCAGCACAUCACGGCACUUAUCUCGAGAGCUCACAAGGAAUCUCUUCUAUGCGGCCUCAUGGACCGUCACUAUUUCCGAAUGUAGGUUCCUUCGCAAGUCAACAGUCCUCCGCUUCUACAGAUAAUACUCGUCUGGACUCUCCCUUUGACUGGAAUUCAAGGGUUGCGCAUACUCUGAGAAACACCAGCAUGAAUGGUGCUGGCUCGUAUGCCUCAAGCGAUGAUGGAUCGCACUCAGAGAGUCUUGCGGCUGCACUCGACAUGUUACAGGCCCACCGACUCUCUCAUGUGGCAGAGACUGGCCAACUCACUCCUAGGAUCCGUCGCCUUAGGGAGAACAAUGGAAGUGACAGUGUAUCUGAUAUGUCUGGACACUCUGCCAAUUUUUCCUGGUUCAGGUCUCCUACGCCGAGCUCGACCGAAUCCUUGGCCAAUAUUUCCAAUCCUUUCUUGAGCCAGAUGUCUGACUUGAGAAGCUCCAGAAGCUCCCCGGAAACACCACCGACAUCUCCGGAUAACACAGACGCCCGUCUACGUAGAUUUUCGUUGGUGGCAGACUCUAAACCGCCGAGACACUCGUUGCGUCCGUCCGACACGCGUACAAGCCUACCUCCACCAUCCGAUACAAUUAUGUCAAAUGGCCAUAGAAGUCGUAAACGUUUGUCUCAAAUGUUUCGAAAACUCCAUCCAAAGAUUGUAUCCCCUCCCAGGGGUUCUGAAGGCACUGGUCUCGAGAAAGUGCCUGGAAUUGCCAAGAAUCUCCAGUUCAAUCAGCUACACAAGAGGUGUUCCGGAAGUACACAGGUCUCUCAAAGCAGAAUUCAUAGCUUCACUACUCGAAGCAGCGCUUCAUGA